ACAGAAGAAAAACCCUGCCCCUCCGCCGGUUUCUAGCGAUCCCACCGCCAUUUCCCGUUUGAGAGGGACGACCACGCUUGGCUCGCAGCGCCUCAUUUCUUCUCCAUGAAGGCCUUUAAUCCGUAGUCCCAAAUCCAUUUGCUUCCCCUCUCUCCCUCUGGAGCUUGGAAACAAGAAACCCUAAUUAGGAGGACGAGAUGGAGCCGCCCAAACAAAGGAGAAAAUUAGCCGAUCAAAUUGAUGUAAGAGAACUCAAUCCCCGAUCCCCAAUUCCCCCAUUUACCAGAGCCUUCAUAUCCCUCCAAACCAAUUCCAAUUCCACCAAUAAUGAAGAAGAAGAGGAAGAGGAGGAGGAGUUCGAGAGCGCUGAACUCAGGAACUGGUCGUCUCUCACCGACCCCUUGCUCCACUCCGUCCUCCGCCGCCUCGACACCCUCGAGGACUUCUUCGCCUUCCGCGGCGUCUGCCGCGGCUGGCGCUCCCUCGCCGCCCCCUCCUCCGCCUCCCUCUCCUCCCAACCCCCUCUCGUCCUCCUCGCCCGCUGCCCCAGCUACACCGAAGCCUUCUACGACAUCGCCCGCCGCCGCCUCUACAGCCUCCGCCCUCCCUGGCGCCUCUUCUCCCGCUUCUCCAUCGGCUACUCCCACGGCUUCGUCAUCACCACCACCCAGCCCCCGCUCCCCAAGCUCCUCCUCUGGAACCUCUUCACCGACGCCAAAAUCCGCCUCCCCAAAGCCCCCGAGCCCUUCGACCGGGUCAUCCUUUCCUCCAACCCCUCCUCUCCCGGCUGCCUCGCAGUAUUGUUCUCAAGAUCAGGCUCUACUGUUCAGUACUGCCACGUAGGCGACCAUCUCUGGAGAUUAAGCUGCCGGAAUUCGCCGCGAGCAAGCGUGAUCGAUUGGUCGGUCGUCGAAGACAUGAUCUUUUUUAAGGGGAAGCUAUAUGCUCUCACCAGUACCGAGCAGCUGGUGGAAGUCGAGCUCUUCCCGCUGCCGAAAUUGACCCUGCCGAGAGCUGAAACCGGGGUGGCGGUGAAGAGAGGGUUCGGCGAGAGGUGGCUUGCUGAGUGUGGCGGCGAGCUGCUGAUGGUCUAUUGGAGUGUCAGGAUGGUGUUCGAUGUUUAUCACUGGGACUUUGGAAGAGGUCGGUGGGUGGAGACGUCCAGUCUGGGUGGAAAGGCAUUGUUCAUGGGGUCCAGAGGUUUUGCUGCAUCUAUUGAACCUAUGUGCUCCGAAGUCCGGGAGAACUGCAUCUAUUAUGCAGGGAAUUGGAAGGACCAGUGGUUUGUGUACUCUUUGGUGGAUAGGUCCCUUGAGGUUGUGCCCGCUGUUUCAUGUGGUUUGCUUGGGGGCCGCACUUCGCUGCCACCUGUUUGGGUUUUCCCAAGCCUUUGCUGACUGAUUUAUGCAGCUGUGGCUGUAUCUCGUGAGAAUGAAGGGGAGAGAAAAAGAACUCAUAAAAGUUCUAUUUAGUAGUCUUUUACAAAUCAAAUAUUUACUUAAUGGGUUGCUCUGUUGUUGUACAUCUUAUACUUCACCAUAAUUAUCUUGUCGUUUCGAAAUCUUCUUUCUAUAUGUCUCUAUAUAUUUUUACAAGUCCGCUUCUUCUACAUGCUAUGCGACAUUUCUUAUUAUAUUUAACUAAAGUAAUAAACUUCUUGUGAAGGUGCAGUAUGAAAUGAGGCAUGUCCAAUUGUUAUCAGAAAUUUUAUGUUAAGUUGUAUUUGUGCUCAUUUUCCUUAUCCAAUAACUUGGCAGAGUUUCACUAGGACCUCAUUACUUGUUUGAAGGACCAAGUAAACAUUAAAUGUGGUCUGCUAGGAGGUUUCAGUGUGGAUGCAACAUUGCAGGUAAGUAACAUUCGACUUUAUGAGUUUCUUGAGUAUUGUAGACCAUUGUUGCACGGAGACAUGGUCUGUGGAGUUGGGAAUUCAAGUUCUUAGGACACUGGCUCAGCAAAGGUACUUAUUAAUGCUGGUAUUAUUUUAUUUUUGAUUUUUUCGCUUCUCUCUGUGACGACGCUUUUCUUCUUUGAGGCUAUUGCAACUAUUUAUUUCUGUUAUGUCACAGAGCUUCACCAUAUUUGCUCUUUAGGUAAGUAUAAUCAGUUAUGCUCUUACAAUAGUUCUGCAUGCUUUAGCAUUGUCUGAGAGGGUGAACCCAGCCCCCUUCUUCUUUUUUUUUUCCUUUUUUUUUAAUAAUUUUAUUUGUAGAUGAGGCCUGUAGGCAAUUUCGGGCCACAAAGCGGGAGAUAGCCCUUGACCUUUGCCUAAACUGUUUAACCCUGAUGAACCACCAAGAUAAUUUACCAACUUCCAGAAUUUCAUACCAUGAGCAGAUCAAAAGCUGAUAUAAAGGGUGCAGAAGCUCCAGAGGAAAGGAGUAGAAGAUUCAAAGAUCAUUAAUUGGCUUGGGAACCAAUUUCUUGACUUGAACAAAUGGUUGUGAAAGAAUGCUGAUACAAAGUGCAAAGUUGUUAGAUGUUAGAUAGUAAGAUGAUGCAAUUGCAGAAAAGUAUAUGUGCCAUCAAGAACUCGUUGGAGCAACUUUGCCAUCAUGAACUCAUUAGAGUAUCCUUUAUCUUAGGGGGUCAACCUUGGUGAUCUACUGCAGGCCCUGUUUCAUUGCAUUGUAACAGAACAGAAGUCUCAAGAAAAAUCUUCUGGUGUGAAAGUGAUGUUUCAAGUUUUGCGGCCAGUCAGUUAGUAGUUUAAAUUUAUGUUCAGUGCCUUUUAAACCCUGACAUUCUUGGUUAUGAUUAUUAUGAAGCAUAUCCUAUCAAAAAUCAUUCUUUUCAC